UGAACGCAGCGUUUUGGUUCCCAACAUGGAAACGGAAGCGGCAUCCCUGAAGAGGAAGUCGGAGGGAGAGGCCGAGUUGGAAGAAGCUCCACAGAAACAACAAAAGAGGGACAACGGUUGGGCAAGCGUCGACGACGAAGCGGUGGCCUGCUUGCACGACGUGUCGUAUCCUGAGGGCUAUGUCGUUCCUCCCCCUUCUUCUUCUUCUUCAGCUGCAGCAGAAGCUUCUGAGCCUGCCAAGAAAUUCCCCUUCCCUCUCGACCCUUUUCAGUCUGAGGCCAUAAACUGCCUCGAAAAAGCCGAGUCCGUCAUGGUGUCUGCUCAUACGUCGGCUGGGAAAACUGUGGUGGCAUCGUAUGCGAUUGCAAUGUCUCUAAGAAACAAGCAGCGAGUGAUAUACACUUCACCAAUCAAAGCACUGAGCAACCAAAAGUAUAGGGAGUUCAAAGAGGAGUUUUCCGACGUUGGCUUGAUGACUGGCGAUGUAACUAUCGACCCCAAUGCUUCCUGCUUGGUUAUGACCACAGAAAUCUGGCGUAGCAUGCAGUACAAAGGGUCAGAGAUAACGCGUGAGGUGGCGUGGAUUAUCUUUGAUGAGGUGCACUAUAUGCGUGAUAGGGAGAGAGGUGUGGUGUGGGAAGAGAGCAUUGUUAUGGCUCCAAAGAAUGCUCGGUUUGUGUUCCUCUCAGCAACUGUGCCAAAUGCUAAGGAAUUUGCUGAUUGGCUUGCAAAGACUCACCGUCAGCCUUGUCACAUUGUCUAUACUGAUUAUAGGCCAACUCCUCUGCAGCAUUAUAUUUUUCCCUCUGGAGGGAAUGGAUUGUACUUGGUAGUAGAUGAAAAAGGGAAAUUUCGCGAAGACAGCUUUCAGAAAGCUCUUAAUGCUCUUGCUCCCGCUGCCGAUAGUGCUAAGAAGAAGGAAAAUGGCAAGUGGCAAAAGGGUUUGAUCAUGGGCAGGGCUGCUGAGGAAAGUGAUAUCUUCAAGAUGGUCAAAAUGAUAAUUCAGCGUCAGUAUGAUCCUGUAAUACUUUUUAGCUUUAGCAAAAGGGAGUGCGAAUCUCUUGCAAUGCAGAUGGCAAAAAUGGAUCUAAAUGGGGACAAUGAGAAAGCAAAUGUAGAAACCAUCUUCUGGAGUGCUAUGGAUAUGCUUUCUGAUGAUGAUAAAAAGUUACCUCAGGUUUCACAUAUGCUACCCCUUUUGAAGCGUGGAAUUGGUGUGCAUCAUUCUGGCUUGCUUCCAAUUCUAAAGGAAGUGAUUGAGAUAUUAUUUCAGGAAGGCCUAAUCAAGUGUUUAUUUGCCACAGAGACCUUCAGCAUAGGAUUGAACAUGCCUGCAAAAACUGUUGUGUUUACCAAUGUCCGGAAAUUUGAUGGUGAUAAGUUCAGAUGGCUAUCCAGUGGAGAGUAUAUACAAAUGAGUGGCCGUGCUGGUCGCCGUGGUAUUGAUAAGCGUGGAAUAUGUAUACUUAUGGUAGAUGAGAAGCUGGAACCAUCUACUGCUAAAAUGAUGCUUAAAGGAAGUGCUGAUUGUUUGAACAGUGCUUUUCAUUUGAGCUACAACAUGCUUCUGAAUCAAUUACGCAGCGAAGAUGGUAAUCCAGAAAAUUUGCUUCGUAACUCGUUCUAUCAAUUUCAAGCUGAUCGUGCCAUCCCCAGUCUUGAGAAGCAAGCAAAGGAUCUUGAGAAAGAGAGGGAUUCAAUUAUAAUUGAAGAAGAAGAUAGUGUAAAGAAUUAUUACAAUCUGUUACAGCAAUACAAGAGUUUGAAACAGGAACUUCGUGAUAUUGUGCUUUCUCCAAAGUACUGCUUACCAUUUCUGAAACCUGGUAGGCUUGUCUCAAUCCAAUGUGCUAAAAGUGAUGAAAGUUCCCCUUCUUUUUCAAUUGAGGACCUGGUCACAUGGGGAGUGAUACUAAAUUUUCAACGGGUGAAAACUGCUUCAGAAGAUGAUGCAAGUAGAAAACCCGAAGAUUCAAACUACACAGUGGAUGUUCUGACAAGGUGCAGGGUAAGUACAGAUGAAGUUGCUAAGAAAACCAUCAAAAUUAUCCCUCUCAAAGAGGCAGGAGAACCUGCUGUUGUCUCCAUUUCCAUAUCUCAGAUAAAUAGUAUGAGUGGACUUUGUGUGGUCAUUCCUAAGGAUCUUUUGCCACUACCAGCUCGAGAAAACACACUGAAGAGAGUUCUUGAAACUCUGUCAAGAUUUGAUAAAGGAAAGAUUCCUCUUCUCGAUCCAGAAGAAGAUAUGAAGAUUGAAAGUAGUUCAUACAAAAAGGUGUCUCGUAGGAUCGAGGCUUUAGAGAACCUGUUUGACAGGCAUGAAGUUGCUAGAACUCCACUUAUUGAGCAAAAGCUUAAGGUUUUUCAUAUGAAGCAGGAUUUGGCUGCCAAGAUCAAGUCAAUCAAGAAAACAAUGCGCUCUUCCACUGCAUUAGCUUUUAAAGAUGAACUGAAGGCAAGAAAACGGGUCCUUCGGAGGCUAGGAUAUGUUACAAAUGAUGGUGUUGUGGAGUUGAAGGGUAAAGUUGCUUGUGAAAUCAGUAGUGCAGAAGAGUUGACCCUGACUGAGCUCAUGUUCAAUGGGGCUUUCAAGGACAUAAACGUGGAAGAGAUGGUUUCUCUUCUCUCAUGUUUUGUGUGGCAGGAGAAGCUUAAGGAAGCUACAAAACCAAGGGAAGAGCUUGACCUGCUAUUUUCACAAUUACAAGAUACAGCUCGGAGGGUUGCUGAGGUUCAGCUUGAGUGCAAGGUCGAAAUUGAUGUUGACAGCUUUGUGAGUUCUUUUCGGCCUGAUAUUAUGGAGGCUGUGUAUGCUUGGGCAAAGGGGUCCAAAUUCUACGAGAUCAUGUCAGCUACGCCUGUUUUUGAGGGCAGCUUGAUCAGGGCAAUUAGGAGAUUAGAGGAAGUCCUUCAGCAACUUAUUCAAGCAGCCAAGUCUAUUGGAGAAACCGAGCUUGAGUCAAAAUUUGAGGAGGCCGUUUUGAAGAUCAAGAGGGACAUUGUCUUUGCAGCUUCCCUAUACUUGUAAUUUUUUAUGCUAGUAAGGGAAUUUAGACGUCGAAGGUGGGGUUCGAAAGGUUCAUACAGGAUACUGUCGGUUGAUCUGCAAGUGGAUGCAUUUCAUUUUCCAAGCGAGAGAUGAGAUGGCGAUUGGCGAUUAAGUCCUGGAACGAGCAUCAAACAAAAUUUUGGCCUGAAGAUGUACAUAUUAUUUCCAACAUAGCAUAGUCUCUCAUGAUCAUCAUUUUGUUUAUGUUAUUGUACGAGGAUGUGUAACGACAGUAGGAAAACUUACAAAAAUUGUUGCCAAGACCGAAACAUUAUCUGAUAUAAAUUUAUGCUGGAGCUUUCUGUGACA